UAUAUUCUUAGGAUAGUACCAUUACAAUAGUUAGAUUUAUGUACUCUCUAUAAUUAGAGAUGAUUAUAUGAUUUCGUCUAUCGAAUGGUAUAUUUUUAAUAAAUGAUUUUUAUUUUGAUAAAUGCAAUCUGCAAUAGUAAUAUCUGUACAGGGAGGAUUAUGUGUUCUAUGUAAGAUCUACCUGACAUUACUAGUAACAUUGAAUUGCAAAACCAUUUUAGACUUGAUAUAAAUAAACAUCUUAAUUUCCUGAGGAAAAUAUUGAUUUUUGACAGUAUUAUGUACUUGGUGUACUCAUGUACAAACAUACAAACAGCAAGUUCUUCAAAAACAAAUCCUUAGUUUACUCAACCCUUGGUCAUCUCAACCCCAAGUCAGCUCAACCCUUACAUGUAGUUAACUCAACCCUUACAUGUAGUCAGCUCAACCCUAAAUGAUUUUGAAUGUUAAUUAAACUUUAUCCUCCUUUUCUGAUUAUGGUUUUAAAUAUAUUAGAAUAUUAGAAAGAAAAGUACAUUUUGCCCAUAUAGAUUUUAAAGAAACACACAAAGGAUUUAAUGAUGAACUGUUUUGAAAACAACUCCUGCGAUUUUUAUGAAAAGAAUUUAUAAAUAGCACUAAAAGCGUAUUUAUCUGCUGACCUUAAUAUUUUAUACAUUAACACAGGGAGUAUGUGACCUGCCUUGUUCAAUAUUUAACCAGUGCUAUAUCUAUAAAUAACAGUCAAACAUUUCUAAAGUUCAUAUACAUGUACAGUGCAAGGUUUGAUAAAUAUGGAUGUUCCUAAACUGACUAGAGUCGAAACUGAGUCUUUCCUGACUGAUGUUCUACAAAUAAAAAACUGGAAUGAACAGCUGCAGAAAGACAGAGAAGAAUUCUUAAAUAUCUUAAUGGUUGUAUAUCAGCAAAAUGAACCAUUUCAGACACUUUCAUUCAUGAGUGAGGAUUUUGAAAUUCGGAGGAUUCCAAAUUGGACAGAGAUAAAAACUGCCAUUUUUACAAAAGAAGGAGGUCUGUGUCACACGUUGAAUACAUUUUUGUGGACAUUACUGAAAUCUCUGGGAUAUGAUGUAUAUCUGGUUAUGGCGAAUGUAGUCAUCGGUGAAAAGCACUUAAAGAAAACUCUCAACCAUACAGUGGUGAUAGUCCGUGAUCUUGCGACAAAGGGAAGCUUACAUGUUGUGGAUUGCGGAUUUGGACAGCCAAUGUUUAAGGCUGCUUUGAUAAAAGACAACACCAAAGAUCAAGAUAACAUUAACGAUUUCAACCACCAGGGCUCUGGUGAAAUCUACAAAUAUGUAAGAAAAGAUGAAGAUACAUAUGUGCGAUACCAUAUGUCUUGUAACAAAAAAGAGAAAAUAGAUGCAUCAGCUGAUGACUGGAGACUGUCCUAUUGGUUCAAUAUCCAACCAAAUGAUUUCACCGAUUUCUAUGGAAACUCUGUUAUGAAUGUCUACUUUGGAGACCGCAGCCCCUUGGAGAAAAUCAGUUCCUUUCAUUACACUAUUCUCCUCAUGAGGUUAGAUGGAGAACGAGACAUCAUGAUCAAAAACCAGAAAUUCUCCAAUGAGAAUGAUGAACACAUUAUGGAGGCUAUUGACAUACCUGUAGAUGAGCUGAGUGACAACAUCAUAAAGCAUUUCCCAUACUUUAAAGAUAAGGAGGAUAUGAUGAAGAAAGCAUUUGAAAAUAUGGAGAAAAUUAAGAAAAAACUUUCGGUCAAAAGUUUUUAAGUAUUUUUGGAAGAGAUUUUGGAAAAAACUAAGAGACAUUAUAACAGUUAAAAGUAAAUGAUUAUAAUUGUGAAUAUAAUUUACAAAAUACAUUAAUGUUUGCCUACUGGUUUGUGCUCCAUGGCUAUGGAAGAUAUAAAUACAGUAAAACCUGUCCGAUGGAAUACCUCUCUGUAGGGAAAACCUAUGAACAAGGAAUGCUUUUCAAAAGAACCAAAUAUUUUUCCAUUGACUUACAUGUUAACGGACCCUCUCUGUAGGGAAAACCUGUGAACAGGGAACAAGGAACACUAUUUUGGGGCAAAUUAUAAAAAUUCACCUGUGAACAAGGAAUAUGGAAUAUUGGUGACACUGUAUAUUCCAUUAUUUUUCAGAGGUGUGAAAGUCUUAAGCCAAUAUCUGAAUAUAAAAAGCUUGGAUUAAUAUGAUUGAGAUUAAGAUAAGCCAAUUGCUUACAUGAUGUAGCAUCCCACCCACUGUUAAUUACCCUGAUUUAUUUUAAAACUAAUACUAAUCUGUCUGUUACUUAUUAUCAUGAGCUAAUUCUUCCUUUCAAAAACCUAAUUACAUCAAAUCAGUUGUGAUAAUCUAGGUACUGACACAAUUGUUUUAUGGAGAUAACAGAAAGUAAGUACAUGUGGUACAUUUGGUCAUGUUGAGCCAAAUCUCUUUAAAUCUUUUACUGAUCCAACUUCUAGAUUAUCAAUGAUAUAAAAUGGGGUUGAUGAAACUUGAAAUUCAGUUCUUAGCACUAUAUCUCUACACAUCAUAUCAAUAAUUACAUCAACUGGACAUCAUCAGACACUAGCAGCAGCUAAAAUAAACAUGGGGAAAACAUAAACAAGUAUGGAGUCGGCAUUUGUACAAUCAAUCAAUAUAUAUAUACAAAUAUGCUUAUUCGGCAAGUUUGAGUUUGCUGAAAGUGUGGCCCCUCUCUAUAGGGAAAACCUCUGAACAAGGAAAGUUUCCUCCAGUCCCAAGAGCAUUCCCUGUUCGCAGGUUUUACUGUAUAGAUUACAUGUAUGGAAAACAAUCAUGACUUCUGUGAAAAUGUCUCAUUGCACCUUGCUCCACAGUAUUUGCAUGUUCAAAAGCGAAACAACAAUUUGCGAGUAUCAUAUGUCUGAAAUGCAUCAAUUUAAUUAGUAUAAAGGUAACUGUUGAGAUAAAGGAAAUAAUUCUGGUGAUUGAGAAUGAACAAAUUAUUGAAAUAGUCAGACAUUUUAUAUGUCAAGCUCUAGAUAUUUUAGAUAACCAAACCAUAAGACCAGAGUAAUCCCCCCUUGUUGAAGGCAAAUAAUAUUUCCCACUUCCCCACCAUUUAUAUUGUUUACUUUAUCUUGUAUUUUUGUAUAACAUG